GGCCUUAUUGCGGUGAAUCUAAGAAACAGUGCUUAAAAUAUGGACCUGAACUGAUAAAAGGUGGUAAGCAGUAUACGGGAUCUCUUUUUUGCUAGCUCUAUACCAAUGAGCGCGAUCAAGUGCCACGAUUUGGCCAAGAAUUUGACUGUUAUUCGAAUAUGUUGUGCGGCUGAUUAGAGGAAUCGUCCAACAAUAAAAAAGUCUGAUUUGAGCAGUCUUUGAUACGGCGAGGGUCAAUGAUGGUGAUCAGUCGAAGGCACCAUGAUGACUAUGAAGUCCAACAUAUGGCAAGGUCAACCAACUAGCGCAUAUGUCCCCCAACAUGUAUGACCUGUACUGUUCCUAAAUUAAGUGAUGUACUACGGUGGUCUGCUUCUCACCCCAAAUUUAUCAGAAUUGCUCACAAUGCGAAAGAGGCGAAUUGACCUCACAUUCUCCCAUUACAGGUUGCAAACAUGGUACACCACGCUAAGGUAAGUCAUUUUCAGUGUUUAGAUAAUUUCCACAUGGUACAAGAAUUUAUUAUAAGCGACCCCUAGAAUGAGAAAUGAGACGCUACAUACCUUAUCUGACAGCCACACUCACCCAGUUUCCAAACGCUGCUCGAUGGUCAAAUCUUUUCUUAAUCGAGGUUUUCGGUUUAGCUUUAGAAACAACGAAGCAUGAGAAUUUAUCCCACCUUCUGCGCAAGUCGCGUCUUGAGUUUGACCCACUACCUCGGAUUAAAAUUCAUCAAAAUUCCUUUUUUUAUUGAAUGUGGGUGACUUUAUAUUUUAGCCGACAGUACCAUGAUAAUAUUUGUAAUUCACAUGAGGGGCGUACGUACCUUAUAAUAAUGUACGUAAGGCUUACUAUUGUCCCACGGGCUUGGAGCCAUGCUCAUAAAUACCAAAGUAUGGUACUAUUAUGAAGCAUCAUGAUUAGUACUUCGGUUGGAAUCUCGAAAAGAGUUGGGCACAUGGU